AUGAUUUCCUCGACUCGCAAAGAUGUUCAGGAAGGAUUCGAUGAUGAUCCUGUGUUCGUGGUUGAUAUCCCGAGUUUCUCAGAUGUUUAA